AUGGAUUAUUCGCUGUCAUUAGCAGUGGACGUGCAAGCGGCGGGAUUCUUAUCGCCUUGUUGCAUUUUGUUCCAGGUGCUUCACGCAAGAGACAUAAUUCCCCUAGACCCCAACGGUUUCAGCGAUCCAUUUGUGAUAAUAGAAUUGUUACCGCAUAGAGUAUUUCCGCACUGUAACGAGCAGCAGACAAACGUUCAUAAGAGGACUUUGCAUCCGAUUUUCGACGAGUGCUUCGAAUUUAGCGUCUCGCUGGAACAGUGCCGAUCGCCGAGCGCCAUGAUCGCGUUCACCGUGAUGGACCACGACGUGCUCACCGCAAACGAUUUUGCCGGCGAAGCGUUUUUGUCGCUUGGGAGUAUACCGGGAGUGGCCGACACCGGUACCGGUGUUGACAACUUUCACGGUCUAAAGCCGGUGGAAUUGGUACUGAUGCAGCAGCAAAAUAAAAGUCAUCCCAUUUUGCAAACCUUAGAGUCAAGAGUAGGAGAUCGUACAGCGAUAGAUUUUGUAAAAAAGCAAAAGUUACGAUUUGCUACGAAAUAACAUCAGUUUUCAUCAAGCAUGAUGCGUUCAUAUUAUGAAAUAUGCAACCUCUAUUUUUUCUACGAGUUUUAUUUCGCAUGGCAAAUCUACAAAUAUAUCAAAGAUUUUGUAUAUAUCAAUGUUUCCGUGUAAUAAAUAUUUUUAUAUGUUUACCGACUUUGUAGAUUUGCCAUUUUCAUUAAUUUUGUAUGUUUCCAUCUAAAAACUUUUCUACCAAACGAACUACUUUUCUAUGACAGUGUUUAAUGUUUCUCGUAAUUCAGUAUUUUUAAAUGUCUCUCAGUGACAAAUGUUCUGGUCGAAUGCCUAAUUGUUAUACGGUUUACGAAGUAAUUCAAAGUUAUUUGCACGAACGAUACCUACUCGUACUUUGUUGGAUUUUAAAAUGACUGCGCACAUAGUACUUACUAAAACAUGGGACAAUCUUUUGUAUAUGCAAUGAUUGAAGUUUUUCUUUAAUCGAUGGUAUUACUAUACAUAAUUAACAUUUUUGAAAACCUUUAUACUUAAUAUUAUAAUCUACACCAUACGCACUAUGCUCAGUGAUAAUAGUAUGCUUCAUGCUAAGGAAUAAUUUGUGUUCAUUCCAUUUCUACCAUCAUGCAGUUAAGGCUAUGUGAGCAAUUCCGAAUGUUGUUCUUCUGCUGCAUACAUGUUCUCUUCGGGCAGUUAUCAAUGGCGGAUCGUGCAGGUUGCAUGUACAGUGAUUUUAAAAAAACUGAUUUGUAUGGUUAGUUUUGUGAGAAUGCACGACCCGCCACUGCCCAUUAUUUCUAAUCCUCACCCCUCACUAACCCCCCUGUAACACUGUAUGUCAAUUUGCGCGGUAACAUACUCUUCCAAUAUGUUUUGGACUCCGACGUUUACGCUUCCAUUAACGCCUUAAGUCAACGCCUCGUGCACCGCUAAAUGUCUGUCUGUCUGUGUGUGUUGUAUGGCUGUGACAAGUUUUUUAGUUUGAUUUUUCAUCAUCUCUAUCGAUGCCUUUCAUAUCAUCACAAAAGCACAAUUUCUAAACAACUUAGCUAUCUUAAAACCUAAUAUUACGUAAUAAUAUUAAGAUAUAUUGCGUACUAAAACUAAUAUUGUAUAUUUUACAAACUUCUUGCUUGCAUCAGGUUUAUCAACCCGAUAGCACAAUUUUUUAAAAUUCGUAUUAAGUUUAAUGUAUAAUAUAUCUGUUUGUUUGUAAAUAACUAAUGUAGGUAUAUGCAAAGAGUUAUUGUAAAUAAGCGUAGAGAGUUUAGGCACCAGUUUGCAUCAUUACAAAAAUCUAAAAUAGACAAAUAUUAACAUAUCUUGCACCUACCUAUAUCAUGGCAAUCAAUAUCGUUGUACUUAACUUGUGCGAUCCUACAAACAAGGCUUCUAAUUGUUGUGAUAUGACGUACCUAAUAUGAUUUUGACCAGUCCAUUCCUGUCGAGCUUAAUGUACUUUAUGUCAAUUCAACUAACAUAAUAUAGCAUACUGAAACAAAUCUGUUCUACUGUCCAUGUGUCUAUGAAAAAAAUAAAAAUUAUUAAAUUGUC